AUGGCCAAUCAUCCCGGGAGUGCGGCGAAUGCCCGCGUGCAUCACUUCAAGCUCGUCUUGUUGGGAGACACGGCCGUAGGAAAGUCCUGUUUGGUAGUCCGCUUCGUGCGGGACGAAUUCUUCGAAUUUCAAGAACCCACGAUUGGAGCCGCAUUUUUGACACAGACCGUGCAACUGGAUGACGCCACGGUCAAGUUCGAAAUUUGGGACACGGCUGGACAGGAACGUUACCGAUCGCUCGCACCCAUGUACUAUCGCGGUGCUUCCGCCGCCAUUGUAGUGUACGAUAUUACCAAUCCCGAUUCCUUCACGGGCGCCAAGUCCUGGGUGAAGGAAUUGCAACGCCGUGGUGAUCCCAACGUGGUGAUUGCCUUGGCGGGCAACAAGGCCGAUCUCGAAACCCGUCGGGCCGUCGAAUUUGAAGAGGCCAACGCGUACGCACAGGAAAACGGUAUUUUGCAUCUAGAAACGUCGGCCAAGAACGCCAACAACGUCAAAUCGCUCUUUAUCGAAAUCGCCAAGACACUUCCCAAGAACGCUCCCCAGCCCGAGAAGGAAGCCUUUCCCAUUCUACAGCAACAGCAAGAGACGCGAAACUGUUGCUAG